UGGUCUGUUGCUGCUAGAGAAACGGUGAGCAGGGAGAUAAGGAGAGAGAAAGAGAGCACACGCUUGAAGCAGGGGGAGGUGAAAAAGUAAAGGAGAAAAAAAUCAGGCUGAGAAAGCGAAGAAAAGGAGAGAGAAAGAAAGGAAACAGAGCAGCGGGCCAACCAGCGUCGGUGUGUCCUCCAGGUGGUGUGGGUGUGAGUGAAACAUUGGGCAGACGCCCUGGCAGAGUAGCAGCCACAGUGUCCCUGAGGGGCCUGGUCGGGAGGACAAGGACAGCGAGGCAGGAGGAGGACACACAGGAAAAGUAUGUGGACUCAGACAGAGUGAUAGAGAGUGAGAGCUGAGCUAGUGAAAUAUCAGAAGCCCUCCCCUGAGAGUGGCCCUGUUCAGAUAGCUGAUAGCUGAGAGAGAGGCUGUGGGUUACAGCUGCACUGCCGCCCUUCAGUGACAGAAUAAACAAAAACAAACCUACACAGGAAGAAACAAGCUGCUGAGAAACAGGGAACAAAGUGGUGUGGAGGUGAACAAAGGACGUGAGCAAAUGCAGCAGUACUCCAGGGCUUCAGGAUCAAAGCUCGACGACUUCAACUGAAUGUGGACUCUGAGGAUUGGGACCAGGAAUAAAACUAUAGGAUUAGGGUCUGUUAUCAAGGGCUUUCUGACUGGCAGGAUUUUGUGCUGGUGUGUGCAGGAGAACUCUCUUUGUCUGGGAUGUGAGCUCUGCUACUGAACCGUGGAACAAGGCGGGGGGCCAGGGGGGAGCGUAGGAGGGAGAGUGACUGACAGACCGAUUGGGAGGUUGAAGUGUUGGCAGUAGCAGACAAAGUUUGAUAGACAGAGUUUUUUCUGGGAGCGAGGGAGGGAGAGAAGAAGAGGGAGAGAGAGAGAGAGAGAGAGAGAGAGAAGAAGAGGGAGAGAGAGAAGAAGAGGGAGAGAGGGAUGGUGGUUUCUUCCUUCAGUCCUCUCCGUCGUGCCCAGAGCUUCCAGAGAUGAGUCAGAGAAAGCUGACACGACAGAUGAAUCUGUGGGAGACCCCCGAGGGGUUGACCACGCCCAGCCUGACCCCCACCUCUCCCUACGUCACCUCCGCUAACUCACCAGUGUCCCCUGAUCACGACCACACUCGGGGACACGGGAAUUCCGUGUUUUUCCGCCGUAUGAAGCUCAACCGCAGUAUAGAGCGCAGACUGUCGUCUCAGUCUCACCUUCCUCUCAGUUUUGACUCAGAGAAUGGUCCUUCGCCCGGCCGCAGCCCAAUGGAUUCGCAGGCGAGUCCUGUGCUGGGGCUGCACCCCUCCUUUACCACAGAGGGGUGCAGGAGUCGCGGGGAGCGCAGGGAGUCCUUCCUGUACCGAUCAGACUCCGACUAUGACAUGUCCCCCAAGAACAUGUCACGCAACUCCUCCAUCAACAGUGAGGGGCAUGCAGAAGAUCUCAUAGUCACCCCUUUUGCUCAGGUGUUGGCCAGUCUACGAACUGUAAGAAGCAACUUCACCAUCCUCGCCAAUGUCACGACACCCACUAACAAGAGGUCACCAGUGACAAGCCAUCCCACUGUUCCCCAGGCAACACUCUCUGAUGAGACGUACCAGCAGAUGGCAAGGGAGACUCUGGCUGAGUUAGACUGGUGUCUGGACCAGCUGGAGACCAUCCAGACCCACCGCAGUGUCGGUGACAUGGCCUCCAACAAGGUACUACCACUUCUACCACUUCCAUUACCCUACACCAUCACUACCACUAGGCCCCUGACCACCCGAGAACUGCAUGUAGGGACGGACUGUGAGCACCAGUGGACCCUGUCCUUCUCCCCCUCCACCCCUCGCCCCCGCCACCCUCGGCGGGGGGAAGCUGUCGCUCUGGAGUGUCCCGGCCUGGCCGGCUGCGGCCUACACGCUGCCCACACGCUGACGACGAAUCCCUCCUCAUGCUGCUGGGACACCUGCAGCGCCCCCACCCCCAGCCCGCUCCACUACCGGUCCUCCUGUCUGGGCAAGCGCCCCUCGCCCCCCGUCACCCUAAGUAUGGGUGUGGUAGAGGCCAUUGACCCCGCCUCGCCGUCCCCUUGCCCCUCGCCCGUGCCAGGCGGCUACCGGCUGCCCCGCUCUUCCACCAGCUACAGCCAGCUGCAGGGGAGGGGAGGGGGGCCAGACCUGGAGCUGGACCUAGGUGCGGCUGCCGGAGGGGUUCUGGAAGGGUCUGGGAUGGCAGCGGAGCGCAGGACACCUCUAGUAGACCUGUUCUGUGAGACCUGCUCGAGACCCUGGCUCAUCGGAUGGUGGGACCAGGUAGGGCUAGUAGGGGAAGGGAACCAGGCCAGACAGACAGGCAGCCAUCUUGGAUAG